UGGCACCCCUGCUUCAGAUGUUUUAUGUCAACUCCAUGAUCGGUACACAAGACGUUCCUAGAAGUGAUUUUUGUGGUAUUUUCUUAAAUUAGAGCAACUUGGAGGCUAAAAAAGCAUUAAAAUUAGCGUUUUUGGUGCAGUAUUGUUGUUGCGUGAGUGGAUAGUGUGUCUAAUCGUAGGAAAAUCGCGAAACUCGCAAGGUCAGAACUAGUGGAUAAAUCAACAUGACUUCAUUCAUCUCCGGAGUGCAUUUGCAGUGAAAUCGAGUUUUAGUGAUAUGGCAGACAGUAAACUGGCAAGCCCCCGUGCUGACACCGCUAGCCCGCCCCCACACUGUGCUAUCUGCUUGGGGACGUGCAAAAACAAAUGUCGGGCCAAUUCCUGCAUGCACGAAUUUUGCUACAGUUGUUUGUUGGAAUGGUCUAGAAUUAAAGCGGAAUGUCCUUUGUGCAAACAAGAGUUCAAAUCCAUCCUCCACAACAUAAAGUCUCUCAACGAGUACGAUGUCCACAUUGUGGAAAACAUCACCGUGGAGAACAACCGUUACCUCGAGAAUGCCUCCUUGAUCUACUUGCCCCCUGCCACGCCCCCCGUGCACCAGUACCACUUUCGAACCACAUUUACUGUGGACACAAACGGAGAACAUGCGAUUCAACAAAUGUUGCUCAGUCAUCCGUUACUCACCAUCGGAGGUUUUACCCCCGACAGGUAUACAAACCAUAGGAGACGAAGAGGUGACACUUCCACGUCGUUUAGGAGAUCUGUAUAUACCGAUAAUUUGUGGGUCUAUGCUCCUCCUGAUAUAACAGGAAGGUAUAGAGACGUAUCACCGUCUUACUACAGACAUAAUCCAGCUGCGAGAACACGUCUAGUGCCCUGGCUAAACCGCGAACUCAACGCCCUCUUGUACGAAAACACGCAGCAAGUGAUGCACUUGGUGGACAUCAUCAUGGACCACCUUCUUCGCCACCACAUAUGUAGCUACAUGUUCCGAUCCCUUUUGUACGAUUACUUGGGGAACAAAACUGACCAUUUCAUUCACGAGUUUUACAAUUUUAUGCGGUCUCCAUUUGACAUGGUUGGCUAUGACCGGCAUGUGAUAUACACUGAGCGCCAGCACUCAUCGCCGUUCCGAUUUGUUGAUGAAAUCGACGUUUCGGAUUACGACAGUGACGUGAUUUUGGUCAGUGACACGAACAAUAAUCAAGGGGCCCAAGCACAAGAUCCGGUCAUUAUUGACCUCGUUGAGACUGAUUCAGACGAACCAAUCAUAGUCUCGGAAGAACGAAACGAGACACGGUGGUGCGAUGAGGAAUUAAACCGGCAGCCGAUUCUUCCGUUGAAACUCAGAAUCAAGAAUCGACACAAGUCAAAGGAGAAAAAAUCCAAGAGUAAGAAACGUCACAGGCCACCGUCGACGAGUCCUUCCACCAGUAGCAGCACCAGCAGCUCAGAAGACAGCUCUUCAGACACUGACUGUGGCUACAAGAGGUACCAUAAACGAUGUUUGAAGAAGAUUAAGAGGGAGAAGAAGAAACGGAAAGAUAGUUAUUAUGUGGAGAGGAACAACUCGGACAAUGAGGAUGAUAUCCCCUUAGCUAAUUUCACCAAAAAGAAGAAAGCAAAGCACAGUAAACACAAGUCGUACACUGUGGUCAACUCGAAAAAGGAAAAGAAACAUUCACAUAAACAUCACGAACUAGGGAGUGAAGCUUGCGAUUCGACGCAGAAUCCCACUGUAGAGGUAGAGUCACAAAAUGGCGAAAGUCUUAAGAGUGAGGACAAACACACAGACAGUACAAACAGUGAUGAAAGUUUUUAUAGUGAACAUAAACCGUACGUUAAGAGUAAAAUUAGAGACCUGAGGAACGAAGAUAGGCACAAGGCAGGGCCGAGCAGCGGACGGCUGAGGAAUACACUUAAGAAGGAAACGUCAACGAACUUGUGGUAUUCAAGGCCUUGUCUGUAUGAUUCCGAUAGUUCUGAUAGUUAAGCGUCAGUAACUAACUGUACAGCCUAUUUAAAUAUGAUUUCUAUGUUAUAUUUAUGAUUUCAUUUACAAUCACUAUUUGUAACCACUCUCAACAAGUCCAAAGUUUUCUGCCCUAUAAGCGCGCAUAUUCCAACUGGUGUAGAGUUGAGAGUGUUUUUUUGUUAUUUUAAUAAAAAUUACUUGACAA